AUGCUCCUGGGCCGGCUGUGCGGAAGGUGCAGCUGUGGGCGGUGUGUGAUCUUACUCUGCCUCGCCAUCCUGGUCGAUGCUGUUGGUCUGGUUGUCCUGCUGGUGGGGAUCUUCGCCUCCCUGAACUACUGGGACUUCUUGGUCUACACAGGGGCCCUGAUUCUGGCCCUCAGCCUCCUUUUCUGGAUCAGCUGGUAUUGCUUCAACAUUGAGGUGCCUUUUGAGCAACUGAACCUGUAG